AUGGUGCCGCAGGGUUCUGCUGCUGCUCUGCAGCACUGCAGCAGCAGCAGCAACAGCACAAGCUUCGCGCAGCAGCAGCAGCAGCAGCAGGGCAGCAUAGAAGGCUCAGCCUCAGCAGCACGAUCUCCUGCUGCAGCAACAGCAGCAGAGGCAGCAGCAGCAGCUGCAACGAGAGCAGCAGACAGCAAAACCUCGCACAGCCUUUCUGUCUCUUCUCUUAUAGGGGCUGUCGUGCCGCUGCCUGUGCAGCCGCGUGCUGCUGCUGCUGCUGCUGCUCCUGCUGCUGCUGCUGCUUUGCCCCCGCUGCUGCGGAUCGUUGCGGUGUCUCCGCUGCUGCCGUCCCCGACCUUCUGCUGCAGCCGUGCUGCUUCUCACGCUGAAGCUGCAGCAGAUGCAGCAGCAGCAGCAGCAGAUGCAGCAGCAGACGCAACAGAUGCAGCAGCAGAUGCAGCAGCAAACGCAGCAGCAACAGAUGCUGCUGCUGACGGGGACCAUAGCAGACAACAGAGCGACGCAUGCACCCUUAAUGAGAAGCAGCAGCAGCAGCAGCAGCAGCAGCAGCAGCUAGAGCCGCCAAUAUCGGGCUCUGCUGCGGUGGAGACAGCGGCAGGCACAGCAACGGAGGCUGCAACAGCAGCAACAGCAGUUGCAGCAGCAGCAGGGUGGAGACAGCGGCAGGCACAGCAACGGAGGCUGCAACAGCAGCAACAGCAGUUGCAGCAGCAGCAGCAGCAGCAGCAGCAGCAGACACGGCGCAGCACACGGUGUCUGCGACAUUGA